AGCAGCUGACGACUUUUACGAUUGUCAUAUUAUUCGAAUAAAAAGAUACGGAAAUGGUUACACCGUAAACAUACUCUUGCUUGGAUGAAAGUCGACGAACCACAAAUUAGCCCUUCGAAUAAAAUGGACUUCGACGAGAAUUAUCCAGACUCAUCUUCUUCAGUAGCUCUUGCUGCCCGUGCAGGCAACCUAGAGACACUGAAAUGGCUUGUUAGUCAUCAAAGCAAAUCGAUUGAAUCCCAAGAUAGUCGAGGAUGGAGACCUAUUCACGAAGCAGCCUAUUGGAAUCAUGCUGAAUGCCUCAAAUUUCUCCUGUGUCACAGCAACACAAAUGUAAAUGCCUAUACAUUUGAAGGUCAAACUGCACUUUGGAUUGCUGUAGACAAUAACUCUCUUGAUGCAGCUAAAAUACUAUUAGAAGCUGGUGGGCAUGUUAAUCUACCCAAUAACGAAGAUGUUGCUCCUCUGCAUCGCGCUGCCUCUAAAGGUUUCAAAGAAAUGACCAACCUCUUGAUUUCCAAUGGGGCUAAUGUGAAUCUUACAGAUUAUGGGGACUAUACCCCAUUACAUGAGGCCGCCAUACAGGGUCAUUUUACAGUGGUGGCAGUUUUGCUCAAGAAUGGGGCAGAUAAAGCAGCACAAGAUUCCCAUGGGAGAACUCCUCUUUUUUGUGGCGCGCAAAGUCAUAGUUGUCAAGUUGUUCAACUUCUUUUGGAAAAAAGCCCUCCGUCAUUAAUUAAUUUAAGAGCACAUGAUGGUGCCACCACAAUAAUGCUUGCAGCUCAAUCUGGAUGUUUACAAUGUGUGCAACUGCUCGCGGACCUUGGCGCAAAUCCAAAUUUGAAAGCAAAUGAUGGUGUCAUGGCAGUCCAUUUGGCUGUCAUAGGAAAUCAUACCGAGGUUCUAAAAUUUCUACUUGGCAUAACAGACUACACUCUUAUCGAACAAUCAUGUGCCGUUAACCUGCAUAAUCACACUUAUCAUUCCAUGUCGGGAGUUAACUAUUGCUCCACCGACAUUGAAUCAAUUAACAUUUUUGUGCUUGCUGUGACUUAUGGCAGGUGGAACCUUAUCGGAGUACUGAUUGAAGAAGGCGUAAAACCAGAUUUUUUUGCCUUCCCAAUCAAUUUCAGUACUGCUGGUGGAAAAUGGUUUCGCGCUCUUGGUUACAAGUGGCUUACCCCACUAAGUUUUGUCCUGGCUUAUACGCCGUUCGGCGACGAAUCGAUCGAAGCAGUUAGGUUACUUGUCAUGAGAGGUUUAUCAAGCGUCAACGCCAUCCAGAAUGGAUUUGUACCGCCCUUAUUCGCGCUUAUUGCGAUAGCAACAUGGGACGAAGAUCGUGAGCAACAGAUUUUGGCGUUAGAUUUUCUCGUUCAGGAGUGCAAUGUUCUGCGAGUGACACCAAAGGAGUUGGGUGAAGUGAUGCAUCUUGCCCUACGGUUCAAUCCCAAGGCCUUUCAGCAUAUACUUCAUCUUGGAUAUGUUCCAGACGACAGCAUUGUGAUGGGGGCAUUCCGUGCAAUGGACACAAAUCAAAUUACAGCUGCCCAUACCUUUGCACUCUCAGCACUAAAUGCGGCAGGGUUUUCCAUGGACUUUGAAACAAAAGACGUUAAUACCUUAAAACAACUGAGCCGCAGAACAAUUCGUUCUGCGUUGAAAUUUGGCAAAACAUGCUUCCCCAUACCAGAGUUAAAUUUUCCACUUCCUAAGUCUCUCGUGAGUUAUCUCUGUUUCAGCGACGUGAUGUUCUAACAAAGAUGUUUCUGUUGAAAUUAAAUUAAAGUGCUUCAAUA